AUGGAUAUACUCCGUUCUUUGCGUCGGGGUCAAGGCAGGGAAGACGACGAGUUCGACGACGCAUGUCAGAAAUGGCUUUACAAAUUGUAUCUCAAGGCCGAACCACCUGUCGUCCACGAUCCGCGCAGCAGGGAUCCUCGACCUUUGCCUCUGGGAAAGCUGAUCGAACUGGAACCAAAGCUGUUUUUCCCCUGUUCAGCCGUUCUUGAGCUGGUGACCAGGGACAUGCUGUCCGAAGGCUACAGCGGCGGCCAAAGGACCAGGAUCAUCGAUGCAGUUAUGGGUGGAAGAGACGAAGCAAAGAUUAUCGUUGCGGUCCUCCUCUACACAGAUCAGAUUUCUCAACUUUACCGUCUAUACAGGACAUUGCUUUCGGAUGAAGGGAUCGACGCACUCGACGGUAAAGAGGACAUUGCCGAGGAGGUCAGGGAGCGAAUUCGAUUUGCGAAGCCCAUGUUCAAAGUGGAACGAAUUUCGCUUGAUCGCCCUGCCCGAAACUUCCCCUCCGGUACUCGACUGCCUUUUUUGAGUGAAGGGUCGCCCAAGAGUGGCUCGUUUGGAACAGUCUCCAAGAUAGAAGUGCACCCAGAGUAUCUUGAAGAUGAUGUCAAAGAGCUGAUCAAGAGCUAUGCGGGAGCACAAUCGAUAGCAUCAUCAGCAGAUCAGAAGUUCUAUAUUGCCCGCAAAAUGAUUCAAGGAACUCGAGGCCAGACACUGGAACAUUCUGUCCAGAUGGAGCGAGACUUUCUCGACGUGAUCCGCCAACAGAAAAAAGGCAAAGAAAACCUGAUAGAUUUGGUCGCUUUCUACACGUUCGGGGAUGAGAUCAAUAUGCUUUUCCCUUAUGUGGAAUUGAAUCUCCACGACUUGCUGUAUCAUGGCCACCUCCCACGCCACCUUUCUCAGAAACCGUUUCCCGACGACUGGAUCAGUUUGGGCAUCAGAGGCAUGGCUCAAGGACUGUGCACGAUCCACCAUCCACAAAUGACGCUGGAUAAUGACCGGAAGAUCGUCGGGUUCCACUUCGAUCUCAAACCGAGGAACGUUCUCAUCACCUGGAACGGGACCUUUAAGAUUACCGACUUUGGCCAAGCGCUCAUCAAGGUCGUCCGCAUUGGCAUAGAGCAGUACGGAGGAGAUGGCGGCUAUCGCGGGGGAGACCCAGAAUACGCACCUCCCGAGUCGAUGCCUUCUCGCCACCUGCUUGAAUCUCGUCAUACCAGCUCCGCCAGCCCUUCCUUCACCAACGGACAAUUUGACUCGCGGGAUCUCUUCAAAUACGACAUUUGGUCUCUCGCCUGCAUCAUGGUCCAGUUAUAUACAUAUGUCUGCCUUGGCAAUGUCAGCGCAGUGACAGGGUUCGAUGAGGAUCGCAAAAUGCACACGACCGGAGGUGACGUUGCCCCGUACCACGUCGACACGGUCACGGGACCUGACCUCAACCCGGCCGUGACGACGCAACUCGAGAAGAUUCUGGCAUACGGUCUGAGCGUUGAAUCCCCAGCUUUGCACACCUACAUGGAAGAGCUUGUUAGGACAAUGUCGCAGAUGCUCGAAAUCAAUCCCUCCGGGCGCCCUACGUCCGGCGAGGUCGCCGAGCGCCUCACACUGCUUUUGAACAACUACCUGGCUGCAAGAAACGACCCCAGUGGCGUGCUAUUGGCAGCCAACAAUGACGACCUGCGGGAUAUCCCUGCGGGCUACGUCGAGGUUGCCAUGGAUACGAAUGGGACCUCUUUCGUGUCGCUGGAAGGGGUCCGCCUUGUGACUGCAGACUCCCAACAACAAAACACGGGGAUACCGUGCCGGUUGAGGCUGUUUCACCAAAAGGGCGGGUUUUGGAUCAAGAUCUGGUUCAAGAGAGCCUCCUCCAGACCGGACAUAAUUUCGAAGAGGCUACCCGAGGGGCAGACUGGGUUGCUCCAUUCGGCACUGCUCGACGGCGGCGGAGGCCGUGGCCCCUGUCGAAUCUUGAGGACGGGCGCCGACGGCUUCGAGAUAGAUCUGUACUUUGAAAACGGGUUGCUGGAAUUCCACAUGGCAAUCAUCCAAUAUUCACCUCGUUCCUUUGGGAUCGUCGGCGGCGGCGGCGGGCCUGACGACGAGCUGCGGCAGUGUUACAGCCUGAGACACCCGGUCACUGUGUCCGCCAGACGUGACUUCUCCAGGGACCUGUCACCGAUCCGGGACGGCGUCGAGGCGGCUUCGGUGCAGGUCUGGAAACGCAGGCGAAUGACCUAUGUCGACGGGACCUCGACAGCGCCGCCCGCCGCGGGGCUCAGGCUCAUGGUCUUUUUCCAAAACCCUGCCGCGGUCUUGCAGGUGCCGCUGAGAUCUCGCCUGGGGACGGUCGAGGUUGAGCGCCACGGCGCGACCAGCGUCAUCACCUUCCGUGGUCUCUUGAGGGAGAGGUUCUUCACGCACGCGGAGAAACUCCAGCGCACCAACGAUCGUCAGCUCCUAUUGCCGAUUGGAUCGGCCCAUUAUCCGCUGGGCAAUAUCUACAGGCAGGGGGACAAUAACACUAGGGACGUGAAGAUCGAGACGAGACAUGAAGAAGGCUAA